GGAAUAUAUAUACAACUUUGGCGCUUUAAAAAUAUUUUUAAAAUCCAAGGAAUGCAUAUCGCUAUAGAUUUACCCAAUGGAUACAUAAAUAAAGUUCAUUUCCUUUAUUCCAUUGUAUUUACAUUGAUUUUGGUUCAAAAUUUUCACUCAAAUUUCCAUUAUUUUCCCACUUCCUUACAAAAUUCCCUACACAUGUUUUAAUACUUUAAUUUGAUUAAAAUUUUUAAAAUGUUGAUCCGUUCAAUAUUUAUAAAUGGUCAACAGUCAGAGGAUGUCCCUUGUGGAUCUGAGAUCGUUAAUAGAGAGCCAUAGCCAAAUAAAAAACGGGAAUGAUUUAGGCCACGCUAGCCUUGUCAAUAAGGUUAUUGUUGGCAACAGAGAGUUAUCGCAAAUCACCACUCAAGAUACAGUAACAUCAUUAAACAUUAAUGAUAAUGAUAAAAAGCCAGAAUCUAAUAUAAAUCAUAAGACGAGAAUAAGUCAAUUCAACUAUCUUCCUCUAGUCAAUUUUCCAAAAUUCACCAGAGAUUCAUUAAAUGAAAGGAAGGAACAUAACGGAAUAGAUUUAAUAAAAGGAGCAAAGAAGGACAAGAAAAAAGUUCUGCUAAAAGAAGCAGAUGUUGAUGGGAGAAAUGGUCAAUUGAGAGAUAAAUGUGUAGGGAUACAAUCGUCAGAUAGAAAAGAAUCGGAAAUUAUAGAAAUAAAAGAUUUAGAGAAUCUAGAAUUGAACUUGAGAAUUAAAGGGUGUUUGGGAAUUUUAAAAACGGAAAUAUUGACGUCGAUUCUGAAAAAUGAAUUUAAUGAGGAAGAUGUUAAGAUAACAGGAGAUUCUAACAUAAAUGAAAGAAAAAUUAUCAUAGAAAAAAUCUUAAGCCAUUUGAUUGGUUAAAAUUUAAAAUAUAAUGAUGUUUAAUCUCAUGUAAAUUGUG